AUGUCAUCGUCAAAGCCGCCUCCCGUAUGCUGUUCGCCAAUUCCCGUUGGAUUUCCAUGCGUCAACAUUCUGGACGAUAAGCGGAGCGGCAAGCAAGUGCUUGCUGCAGGAGUCGACACGGAAGAUCUAGACCAUCCCGUCUCUUCCGGCCUUGCGGUAUCUUCUCCAUCGUUGUCCCCGAACAACUCGCGCAGUCUGCGUGACGAAUCGCAUCUGGCCUUGCCGGUGAUUUUGUCCUCUCCGCCAUCAGGCGACUCGAGCUCCGGCUCAUCUACGGGUUCUCCAUCCCAGAACCAUUCCCCACGGAGCAUCACUCUCGAACCCCCGCAGCUCCCUUUUCUCUCGGCUACUCGUCGCCCGACAGAAUCCUUGACCUCGUCACCGGAUUAUCAUCGCAAGGCAGAAAGCAGUGUUUACUAUACCACUGCCUGGGGGUCUCCGUAUGCAGCACCUAGUACGCGGAGAUUAUCGUUGACUCUGAGCCAAUACGCCGGUCUCGACCACGGUUCGCGUGAAAGCUCUCCCGCCCCGUCCAUACCGAAUCUUGAAAUCCGAAGAGCCAGUGUAGCGGUGAAUUCGGAGGAUCUUGCCGAUAAUCAAGGAGGAAGGUCUAUUCGGGAUUUCACCCAGGAUUGGAUUAAUCAAUAUUUAUCUGGUCAGCCGAGAACAGAACGAAGUAACUGGUUAAGUGACGAUUCAGGAAGCGAGGCGCCCUCGUUUUUUACGGCUAAGAACCAUCUUGCCGACGAUCUUUCAGACGACUGGCUUGGGUUAGAGGACGAUACCCUUGAUCGCGAUCUUCUUCGAACACCGACUCUUUCCGACUUUGUUGGUAGAAGAGCUGCUGCACGUACGAAGAAGAAGCAGAAUCAGCAUAAACGCGCGGAUACUUUGCGACAGGAAGAUUUUUGGGGUUUCGCCUACGACAAAGAAUCCUCUAAAACAAUGUCAGAUACUAAGGAUUCUCAGCCUCCGGUUGAAUCAAUUUCACCAGGGGAGAAGCCAUUGCCGCCUCCGCCGGUAAAUGCCCACGAUGAUAUUUUCGCAGACCAGACACAAGCUUCGGCUGUUCCAGAUAAUCUGAAGAGGCAGGCCUCGGAUAUCAACAGAUCAUCCAAUUCGACCCCACAGACACAUAGGCGGAAAAAGAAGCUAGUAUGCAAGGGCAAGUCAUGCGUGAUUGAUCUGCCUAUUGACGACAAACGAGGCACAGAGCAGUCUGGUUUCAGUCUUUUGACACCCGAAGAUGUUCAGUCUCGAUUACAGAAGUGGGAGGAUGAAGGGUUCGACAUUCGAGGAUUCACAAUUGGCGAAAUGGACGAUUCAGCUGGACCAACUGAGCUUGGUGGUUUAACGCGCCCAUUGUAUCCCGAGCCAGCUGAAACUUACGAUGAGGGCAUGGGCCAAAAAGCAUUCGUCAAUUUCCCUGAUAGAGCUGUGUGGGAUUCCUACGUGGCUAAUCUUCAAGAAGAGAAACUACGCGCCCUCGGUGUGUCCUUCGGCGAUGAUGAACCAGGUCCUUCUAUUUCUCCCGCAUCUGGAUCCAUACAUCCAUCUCAAACGCCUUUCCCAGGUCUCGUGGCAUCGCCGCCCAUUCCAACCGCAUCUGCUGCAAGCAAUUCCCUGGGCUCGAUUCAUCCUUUCUCGCCUCAAUUUGGUCACUCUACAGGUGCUGCAAGCGGAGGUUUAGGAUCUUUGGCCUCGCCUGCUUCUCAAUUUAGCGUGCAGACUCCAUUCAUGGGAAUGAAUGGCAUGGAUCAAAAUAUGAUUUCUGGAUUCCCCUUCCAAUUCCAGCCUACGCCUCCUGCACAGGGUAGCAUGACCCCUCAAAGCUUGAUCAACAUCCGCCAGGCCAAUGGUUCUACUGGCCCCGGUGGAAUGCACCACUUUAACUCCAUGUUAUCUCCAGUUUCCCCGAUGCAUGAUAACGGUGCCUUCCACCCCGGUUUCAAUGAUAAGAACAGCUUCGACGACCGCUUCACAAAUAUCGGCCACGAAGAGGCUCCUCCGUUCCCCACACCUCAGACCCCCGUCAAUGAUCCAGGCCAGUUCCACUCCUCCAAUGUUGAAAUCGCCCACCCAACACCCCGCGGCCAUGGUCACAAUCUCAGCGAGACCCUUCAAAGAGGCCUUGACAACAUGAAACACCCUGAUUAUCACCUCAACCACUCUGAGCACCACAUGGAAGAGGAUGAGCACGACGCCGGUCACCAUGAUCUGAACACCAAUAUGCUGCAGUCUCGCUGGGCCUUGCCCGAGGACGAAAGCCAUCACCAGUCCCAAAAUGGACACCCUCAACAACCGCACUCUUUCCCACAGCAUCCCCAUCAGUUUUACCCCGAGCAAUAUACACACGACAAUGCUCAUGAGGGCUCUGACUUCGAUACAAACCCUAGCAUCUCUGGAACCCCUCAAAAUAGAAGUGCGAUGCCCAACCAAGGUCCCUGGCACGAGACAAAGCCAAGCGCCGGCUCUUUCCGUGGUCAUCAAUCCAAGCUCUCCACAUCAUCUUUCAACGUUGAAGCUAAGGAAUUUGACCCUACCGCUUCUUUCGGAUCUCAAGGACCAUUUGUCAAGAACGAUUACCAAUUUGGGGGAAUCGAUCAACAACCCGCAUUUGGAUUCGGCUCUAUACCAUCUUACCCCGCUGAAAUUAUGGGAGGUCCCGUAAAUCCUAUACCGGAGCCCAAGCCCAAGUCUAGCUCCUUCAAAUUCUCGGCUGCCUCUUUCAAUGUGGAUGCACCUGUCUUCAACCCUGGUGCUAGCCUUAACUCCAAUGCUAGCACUACCGCGCCGUCUGAGAGCAGAACGAAGAUCUUCGGUGACAUUGAUCUUGAUGAUAUUUCCAAGCCAGACAAGGCAUCCAAGGCUAUUCCCAUCGUCCGACCGGAUGAGACUGAGCCUAACAAUGAGGACGAACAGGAGACUGUCGAGGACAAUGAAGGCCGACCGGUACCUACUGAUCGCCACAAGCGCGCGCGACGUGGUGUUGGUCAUGCCGAGGGCGAGGCCCGCUACAGCAUCUCAACUCAUCCCCUGGGCGAGUUUGGUAAUGCUCAAGCAUCUAGCACGCUCCAGAGCGUCGCCGAGGGCAAGGAAAAUGCUAUUCCAGCCGAAGACGAUGACAAUAAGCCCCUCGAGCGCAAGGGUACCCCUCACAGCGAAGCGGAUACCUGGACUCUGUUCGAUGCUCAGCGCGAGGGUGAAGCCGCUCGAUCAAACACUGCAUCACCUGCCCAUGACGAGCAGACUAGAGACCUCAAGGAAGAAUCAGUUGAAGAGUUCAAGGCUGAAAUACUUAGUCAGGAUGACGCUCCCACAGCCGAGCGACCAUUCGCUGGUCACUCUUCUCAGGAGUCCAAGGACAGAAACUCGAUGCUCUCCGCCACAGCUAAGCCAUUUGAAUUCAAGCCUGCUGUUCUAUCCUUCACGCCAACAUCCGUUGAGCCAUCCAGCUUUGCGGAUGAGAGGUCAGUUUCGCCUCCAGUGGAGAGCAAGCCAGAGCCUGAGUCCGACAAGAAGCCAAGUGGUCUCAUGGCUUCUCGCUUCGCGACAGACAGCCCACCCAAGUCACAGCCACCACCUCUUUCGCAGACGAUAUACCCUGCUUCGAAGACGGAAGAACUCACUGCUCAGCAGAAGCUCGAAUUUUACCGCGAGGCAGAGGAAUCUACUGGCGAUGAAGAUCUUGAUGCUAUUAUGGAGCAGCUCAACGCAAGUGACUCCGAUGUCGGUAUUGAGCGACAAAUCACUCCUGCGCCUCGCAAGUUCAUCUCCGAGUCUGUCGGCGGACCGACCAAGGAGCGACCAUUUGGUUCCGCAGAAAGCAGAAGCGAAGCACCUAGCCCCAGCCCCGGAGCUCAGAAAAUUUACAAGCUCGACAUUCCCAAGCUUGGCUCCGACAUCGACGGUCAAAGCAACGCCACUUUCUCUCCUCAGAAGAGCCUUAUCUCUCGCAUCCAGUCUCCCGUUCGCCAGCUUAUUACAGAAAACGACCAUGUCAGCGAUUGGGAUGACAUGAUUUCCUCGGGUGAGGAUGAGAAGUUCUUCAACCGUAACCGCUUCUUCGAUCGUCGUAUCAAUGAUAUUGUGGGUUCUGCUAUUGAUGAUCGUUUGAGCCCUAUGGAGCGUGCCUUGGCUGUCAUUCAGACAUCCGUUGCCUCGAUUGCUUCUGGCACAGCUAGCCGGAGAGUUCUACGCAGUACUUCCACUGAGAUGGAAGACAGCGAUGCCGAUGAUGAGGAUGAUGGUGACGCCGAGGAAGAGGAAUCUGUAAGAGCUCGCUCGCCUCCUCGCGUGCGUGAUCGCAAGAUGGAGAUGUUGAAGAGUGUCGUUAUGGAGGCCCUUGUUACACACGAACUGCCUCAUCGCUCAACUCACCACUCCAGCCACAGUGAGAUGGCCCAGCUUAAGGAGAGCUUCGCUGAACUUCAGGCGUUGACCAUUAAGAAGCUUGCUCAGGAUCCUGUUGGCGAUAUGCGUGAAAUUCUCGAGGAAACUCUCGCCAGGCAAUUGGCUCAGCAGACUCCUCGUUUGUCGGAGGCCGAUGAGAUCGGCGCUGACAGUCUCAUGCUCCAGAUUGAUGGUCUCAAAAGCAUGCUGCGCUUAGCUGAUGAGCGUGCCGAGCAAGAAUACAAGUCGCGCCGAGAUGCACAGGAGGCCGUCGGCGAGCUGCAAAGUCUUCUUAAGGCUGCCGAGGAAGAUGCUGCUCGUCACAGUGCAGCCGCUGAGGAUGCUGAGGCCCGUCUCCUCCAGUGGAAGGAAGAGAAGAUCCCUCACCUUGAGAAGAUGCAGUUCCGCACUCAGUCCAUGGAGGAAGAGAGCGAGACCUUGAAGGUCACUAUCGCUGAGCUUUCUACUAAGAAUAUUGCUCUCGAGGGCACUUUGGAUGAAUACCGCGUUUCCAGCGACCACUUCCGCCGACAGCUCGAGACUACAAAGGACGAGAACAAGUCUUUGCAUGAGACUGUUGAUCACUUGCGUACCCGUAUUGAGGACAGCAUGGCUGCACGCCAGAAUAUGACCGAGAAGUUUGACCGUUUGCAGUCUGAUAUGGUUACCGUUACUGGUGAUAUCGUCCGUGAGCAAGCUGCUGCCCGACGCAAAGAAGAGGAACAGACUGCCAAGUUCAACGAGUUGCGCGCAACCCACGCACGCGAAGUCAACCUGCGUGAACAACUCGGACAAGAGAUUCUUCAGUUCGAGCAACGGGAGAAGGAAGCUGCGAAGACCCAGUUCGUUUACGAGCAAUCUCAGCUCGAGAACACUCGAUUGGAAGAGACCAUCGCAGCCCUCCGCGCUGAGAACCAUGAUUUGCAGCUGAAGUCGGCUCGCUUCGAGCGAGAGUUCAACGAAGCUCGUGAGAGUAGCCGUGUGGAGAUCCAACGUACUCGCACCUCAAUGGAAGCUGAUCUUGAGGCUGCUAAUAGCCAAGUAAACAUUGUUCGCGCAGAGCUCGAAUCACAGGUCAUUCGUCUGCAGAGCCAGCUUGACAAUGUUCGCAUGGACGCUGAUACUUCCCGGGAGCGCUAUGAGCUCCUCUUGGAGGAGGCCAAUGAGUCUAGGGUCACCGCUUUGUCUAUCGCCAAGGAGUCCCGCGAGACUUCCCUCGAAGACCAGCGCAAGACUCACGAACGGGUUCUCAACGACCUUCGCGAGCGUCACGCCCGUGCCCUACAUAACUCAUCUGAGGAUCGCCAGCGUGGAGAGGCUCAUACCGAGGAGCGAUUGGCCCUCGCAGCCGAGAGGAACCAACACUUGCAAGAUCGUGUGCAGCACCUCGAGGAGAAGGUUGAGAUCGCCCAAUCUGCUGCCCGUGCUGCAGCUGAAGCCGCACAGAAAGCCGGCUCAAGCCCUAUCCCCACCCCGACGUCUGCCCCUGCACACUCGUCCUCGCCCUCUAUGUCCUUCAACAAGGGAUCAAACGAGCCUGAAAGAAUUUCUCCUCAGGCUCUCCGCGAGUCAAUAUUCGUUCUUCAGGAUCAGCUCCAGCAGCGCGAGACUCGUAUCGAAGAGCUUGAGCAGGAGGUUUCCUCCGUUGACAAGGACGCACCAAACAAGAUCAAGGAGAGAGAUAGCGAAAUCACCUGGCUCCGCGAGCUUCUCGGUGUUCGAAUCGACGAUCUCCAAGAUAUCAUCAAGACUGUUUCCCAGCCUUCAUUUAACCACCACGCCGUCCGUGACGCCGCUAUUCGUCUAAAAGCAAACAUUCAAAUGCAACAACAAGAACAUGAACGUUCCGCAUCUGGAGUCGCCCUCCCGUCUCUCCAGUCCAUCGCCGCCUCUCCCCGAUCUCUCCCUCUAGCCGCAGCCGCAGCUUGGGGAAGCUGGCGCAAGGGCCGAGAAAACGGAAACGCUACAAACCCAUCUGAGCAAACUCCUUCCAAGUCAAGCAAUGCAGGUACCUUUCUCUCAGGUCUCUUAACCCCUCCAAGCUCGCAUGUUCGCCAAUCAGCCCCUCAUACAUCUGGCCCAUCACGUUCAUACGCUGAAACCAGGCCUUUGCGAGGAUUGAGCACUACUCCUCGUCGUGGAUCUGUUCGUCAAGAAACCCAAAUUCCUAUUGCUGAACCGCCUAAGACCCCUCCACUCCUCCGUCGCUCUAGCUAUGAUCAUGAUGCGGAGCCGACGAACUACGAGGAAGACGCCUUUGCUUCUGAUGAUAUCGAAAGCACUGUCGGCGGUAUGGUCUCAGCGUCGCCUAAGGAAGCUGGCGAAGAUGGUCCCUUUGGUCCGCAUAUUUCUUCAGAUAUCGAAGAAGAAGAAACUGAAGAGACGGAAGAAGAACAUGAUGAGUGA